AGUCGUUCCUCCUCCUUCAACUGCUCCAUCUUCUCCAUGUCAACGUCCUCCAGCUCUCACUGCAACCCCACAAAAACGAUCACCCUCUGCUGCGAUUACAAAUGAACUUCAACUGAAAUCUGCGCCCUCUCUGAUACCCACCCCCCUAUCCCCAACUCUUCCUCAAAACCUUCCCGAUAAACCUGCUCCUCCCAAUCCUCCUUCAACCUCGAAUCGACGACCCCCAGCCAAACAAAGAACUCCAGCAACCAAAAUGGGCGAUUACUCGUACUCCGAAACCGUCCGCUCUCCCUCACCCAGCGGCCACGAAGCAAGCCGCGAGAACAAUGACACCUACAAGCGCAGACUGCCCGAGGAGGAACCCACCUCGACGGAUCAGGGCUAUCGGCCAAGCUCCAAACGCAAGCGCGUCGAGGAACGCCACCAAAAACUCCGCAAACGCGGACGCACGCCCCCAUCGGCAUACUCCCGCCGCGACCGGGACGACAACUCCGCGGCGCCCAACCGCCACGCCCAUAACCGAUCCCCAUCCCCUCCCCUCCCGCCACGAUCCCCAACGCCCGAAUCACAACCGCGUCAGCGCAAGCGACCUGGCGGCGGCGCCCGCAUGGGUCUCGUCGACCGGGAGACCCUCCGACGGCGACAGGAGGAGCGCGAACGUGCGGAGCAGGAGGACGCGAUCCGGAACUCGCAGAUCCGGGGCGUGACGGACCUUGUUCGCCAGCAUUACAAUGCCGUGCCACAGCGGGGCCGUGAGUGGCGCAAAACCGAGAGCAAGAUCAAGGGCCUGCGCAGCUUCAACAAUUGGGUCAAGAGCACGCUCAUCCAGAAGUUCUCCCCGGAUGAGGAGUUCGUUUCGCGUGCGAUCGGGACCAAGGACUGGGCGGACGAGACAGGCCCGCCGCCCAUGGAGCAGAGGAAGCUGCUGGUGAUUGACCUAGGCUGCGGGAAGGGUGGUGACCUGGGCAAGUGGCAGCUGGCGCCGCAGCCGGUGGAUCUGUACGUGGGACUGGACCCGGCUGAGAUCUCGGUCGUGCAGGCGCGCGAGCGGUACAACCAGAUGCGAUUGGGACGAGGAGGGCCUCGCGGCGGUCGCGGUGGUGGCCGGGGCCCGAGUUUCCACGCAGAGUUUGUGCCAAAGGAUUGUUUCGGUGAGUGGCUGGGUGAUAUCGAUAUUGUACAGCGAGUCGGCAUCGAUCCCAAUGCUGGGCCUGGAGGCUCAGUAAUGAGCUCUCGCUGGGGCGGAGGUGGCUUCGACGUGGUCGCGUCGAUGUUCGCGAUCCAUUAUGCGUUCGAAAGUGAGGAGAAAGCACGGCAGAUGCUGCGCAAUGUGGCUGGCUGUCUGAAGAAAGGCGGGCGGUUCCUGGGUGUCUGCCCGAAUUCAGACAUAAUCAGUGCCAAGGUGGCCGAGUGCAAUGCUAAGCGCAAGGCACGCGAGGAAGCGGCUGCUUCGAAGAAGGAGGAGGACAAUGAACCCGAGGACGGAGAAGUCGAGGAGGACACCAAAGUGGAAUGGGGCAACUCGAUUUAUCGUGUGCGAUUCCCCGGGGAGACGCCCGAGGAUGGGGUUUUCCGGCCGCCGUUUGGCUGGAGAUACAACUACUUCAUGCAGGAAGCCGUGGAGGAGGUCCCGGAAUAUGUGGUGCCAUGGGAAGCAUUCCGAGCAUUGACCGAGGAGUACAACUUGGAGCUGCAGUACCGCAAGCCGUUUUUGGAGGUCUGGCACGAUGAGAAGGACGAUGCCGAGUUGGGGCCGCUGAGCGAACGCAUGGGUGUGCGCGACCGCAAUACCGGGCAACUCAGCAUGACCGAGGAGGAGCAGGAGGCAGUCAGCUUCUACCACGCUUUCUGCUUCUACAAGCGGGAAGACCACGGCCGUAACUCGGAAAAAAUGCCCCUCCUCCGCCGAAACAACCCGCAACCCUCCACCCCCUCCUCCUCCGCAACAGCAAGCAAUAUCCCCCAACCACCCCCCUAUAACCCCCCAACAAUCCACAACCGAAACCCAACCCAACUAACUCUCCACCCAACCUCGCACGCCGCACUGCUCAACCUUCUAAACAGCGCCCCGCUCCGGAACCUAAAGACGCACCUUCAGCACGCGCAGGAGAAGCUUACGGACGCGGCGGGAGAGAUCAACGAGCGGUUGACGGAUGCGGAGGAGCGGGCACGGCGCAAAAGAGAGCGGAAUACCGCUGGCGGAGAGGAAGGCGAGAAUAGGGGCGGCGAGGAGGCAGCAGAGGGUGAGGAGGAGGAUCUUGUUGCGCUAAGGGAGUCUGUGCGGGCGACGACUGCGAAGUUGGAUUUGAAGAUGCGGGGGGCGAUUGAUGCGGAGAUGAGGCUUGAGGGGUUGAGUGGGGUUUUGCGGGGGUUGGAGGGGGAUGUUAAUGUUGUUGAUGGGGUACGAACUGGGACUAGGUCGACUAGGAGUAGUCGACGGAAUCGGAGGGAUGGGGAUGGGGAUGAGGAGAUGGUUGAUGUUGAGGGGGAGGAUCAGGGAAAUGAGGACGAGGGGGAGGAGGACGAGGAUGAUAGUGGAGCUGUUGGGCCGACGUUGGUGGGUAAGAUUGAAGAGAGUAUGGCGGCUACGAAGGAGCAGUGGAGUGAGAUGUCGCUUACGCAGAAAUACUCCACUAACCCCGCCUACGUCGGUUUCUACCGCAUCAUCCACGAAGCCAAACACCCGGGCGACGAUAUCCCCCCGCUUCCGCACGCCUCGACCUGGUUCGCUCAUCUUGAAGACAACUCCUCCGACACGAAACCCUCAACAUCGGCCAAUAGCGCUCGCGGAGCCCCGGCGUCGAGAACAACAACCGCAGCCUCCAGGAGCGCAUCCUCCCGCCACACCGAGCAUCCCACCGCAGAGGAAGAUGAUGACGAAGAUGUCUCGGACGAAGAUGUCGCCAUCUCUCGAGAACGCAUCUCCUUGAAAUGUCCCCUUACCCUCCUCCCCUUUCAAGACCCGGUCACCAGUACCAAGUGUCCGCACAGCUUUGAGCGUGAGGCCAUCACCGCUAUGAUAGCGCAGAGCCGCACCACCGCUCCGGAUCCGAGGCAAUCUUCUGCGAGUGGGAGUGCAGGCCGACGUGCGCGUCGCGUGCACUGCGUUCAAUGUCCGGUGUGUGAGGUUGUCUUGACUGAGUUUGAUCUGCGGAGUGAUCCUGUUCUUUUACGGAGAGUGAAGAGAGCCGAGGCUGCUCUGCGACGGGAGCAGGAGGAACUCGAGGAUGAUGAAUACGAUCAUAGCAAUGUCGGUGGGCGGAGGAAGAGGGGAAGGAAGAGUGGGAUCACGGUGGCCAGUGAUGACGAGGACGACGAUGCUACCACAGCGCGCGGAGUGGCAACCCAGGAAGAUCAAAUCCGGAUCAAACAAGAACGCGCUGUCUCGGUUGCUGCCAGUGAUGUUGUCGAUAUUGAAGAAGACGAGAAUGAAAGUGAGGAGUUUGAAGAUAGUGGUCAUUGGCAGGGAGGGGACGAUGAGGACGAGGAAGAGGAAGAAGAAGAGGAAGAACAGGAGACGAGGUAAUUGAAGAUCAAGAGCUGGGGGCGCAAACCGAAGAGGAAGUCGAAGGCGAGAACCAGGAGGUAAGAGAGGGAGACGAAGAAG